AUGGUUCCCACCAUGCCCAAACUCUUUCAAGAAACCGAGAAUGACGCUCGCACUGGAGGGUCCCUGUUUCAUGCCUACUUUACAAAUCCGACCAUAUUGGGAUCGGCGGCCACCUUGAAUGCCUUUUUGGAUCUGACUCCAUACGUUAGAGAUAGUCAAUAUUCGGAUUGGGUGGCUUUAAGGACGCACGUGACGAGUUUUGAAGAAAAGAUUUACAUUAUUCUGUUGGAAGGGGAUACUCAUGCUUUUUUUAAUCGCAAGGACGUUUUGGAACACUUUGGAUUAGAACCACCAAGGACUUAG